AUGGAAGUUAUUCUUUCACAGCUCCCUGACUUUUUCAGGCCAUAUAGUGGGCCAAUGCUGUUGGUCGCAUUGUCGCUAAUUCUCUCGGCAUUUGCUAUACAAUCAAGGCUGCUACCACGUCCUGUUAGGCCGCUUGAUGGAAGCACUCUUGAGCGACCAACAAAGUCAAAACUUUCAGUCAAGGAUGUGCUACCAGAAGUGACGAUUGAGCCUGUUGAUCCGAAUUUCGAUUGGAAAAAGGAGGAGCCGGCUCCCUACAGGCCUUUUAAGAACGCACCUUACAGGGUCAAUAUGGCUAUACAGAGAGCUGAUCCGCAAAACAUCAUUGUGAUUGAAAAUACCUAUUUGAAGUCCACAAAACUCAGAGAAAGGAUUAUGAAUGAAAGAGCCGAUAUCUCUAUGGCUUGCCAUCCUAGCGCAGAAGCGGCCCUGAAAGAGUUAUAUUGCACCGUUACUGAUUUCCUAAUGAAGAGAUAUCCGAUGUACUUCCAUGUCAAGGAGAAUGGUGCCACUUUUUAUAACAAGAUCAAAGAUGAGUCUUUUCCACUGGAUCCUGCCUCGGAGGAUCGACUAGAGGUCCUCAAAUUUCUUGGACGCACCAUUGAGGAAGACUUUAUUAUUUUACUGAAAAAUGGAGAGAAAGGUGAACUAGAAAACGAGUAUGUCUGGAGAGCAGGAGUGUCCUGCUACCCGAAUGGGUUUGUUCCCGGUGAAAAGUUCAAUAAGCCACUAACUGCAAUUCAUGGUCCUGUCCCACAAUAUCUGGAACGGCUGAAAGUUUCAAUGAACAAAUUCUUUGAGAGGCUUCGUGUUAACGAGUUCGUUGUUAGGUACAACUGGAGUAUGCAGGCACAUACUAACAUAUUUGCGCCUUCUAUGAAUCAUGGAACCCGCACAGCUGCGUCAGUCAAGCCGCUUUCUCCUGAAGAUCUCGAUUUCAACAAAGUCUUCAUGCGUGUCGAAAAACAAUGUUUCACAAGAUUACCGAAGACCAAGGCUGACGUCAUGUUUAUUAGGACCUACACCACUCCAGUGACAAAAAUCAAAGCCGAGAAUAGGGCUGAGGACUUCUGCGGCGCCAUUGACGGUUUGUCAGAUGGUUUUGCUAUUUAUAAGAACAAGGUUCUCUGGGGAGAUGCAGUUAAGGCAUACCUCAAAGGUGAGUCGAGUGGUUUGACAGAAGAGGUGUACGACUUCGAUAUUUUUGAGGCCCAACUUAACGGCGAACUCAUGAAAAAAUAG